AGUAUUCACUUUUUCUGGUGGUUCUUAGAACAUUAAAAAAAAAAAAACAUAUCAUGUGACUACAGUAUUACACAUCUUUCAUAUGACAGUCAGCUCAUAACACAUGUUGUCAGUGAAUAAGCGUCAUUAAUUUUCCUUGUAAGUAUGUUUUGCUAUUGUUUAUGAUUAUUAUUAUUUGUUAUUAGACAUGCUGAGUAGAAAAGAUUGAAACAGGAUUCCUUUAAUAAUGCACUAUUUAGGUUUGUUUCAGAUCAGUAAAUUAAUUACAAAUAAUUGUUUUAUAUAAUUGUAUAAUUUUACUCAAAUCAUUGUUAUGCUAUUAUGGAAGGGCCACUUUGAAUUUUAAUGUUUUUGAUCAGAAUAUGUUUGAGUGAAUGAAUGGCUUCUGUUUUCUCAGGGAUUAUUGAUCAAAGACAUGAAAUCAGGUUAUCAGCUUCAUAAUCUUUUGUUAGGUACUUAUAAUGUAGUUCUUUAUCCAAACUCAUGCAUCCAGCUUGGCAUUUCCCACUGCAGUCACGAGUGUCAUGGUGUUUGGUUAGGUUGGGUUAGGUUGAAUAAAUGAAGGUUUCCCUACCGUCUUACAACUGAAGAAACCUCUUCUGAGACUGACGCCAACUUCUCCAUCCAUGAAAAACAAAAGCUUGGUGUUUGUGAAUUAACUUUUACCUGGAUAUUCAUCACAAGAGCCAAAAAUACCACAAGGAAAAAAACAAGGUUCCUUAAUCAGAGCACCUAAUUCACAAUGAAGCCAGUGUUUUUCAGCAUGACCAUCCUGCUCAUUUCUUACAACUGUUUGAGUGACGAACACUUUUACACAUAUUUUGGUCUGGUCAUAUGCUUCAUGCUCUGGGCUAAAAUGGUAUUCCACGCAGAAAAUGGCUUGUCGGAUGGAUUUGGCCGGGCGGUGUUGAUUACAGGCUGUGACAGUGGAUUUGGACAUCACCUUGCAAAGAAACUGGAUGGCAUGGGCUUCACAGUGUUUGCCGGAUGUUUAUGUCCUGAGGAUCCCGGGGCUCAGAGUCUGGUUGAAGAAGGUUCUGACCGUAUGAAGGUGCUCCAGCUGGAUGUGACCAAAGAUGAAGAUGUCAGCUUGGCCAAGGACUUUGUGCAAGCAAAUUUGCCAGAGAAGGGCCUCUAUGCGGUGGUAAAUAAUGCUGGAAUCUGUGACUGGGGAGAGACAGAGUGGAGCACUGCCAAGGACUUCCAGAACAUGGCUGACGUUAACCUCUUUGGUGCCAUCAGAGUCACCAUCCCAUUCUUGUCACUUGUCAGAGCAUCCAAAGGUCGUAUGUUAUAUGUGUCAAGUAUCUUUUCUUUCUUCAACUGUCUGAACAUGGGAGCAUACAGUGUAUCCAAGCGGGGACUGGAAGCAUUUGCAGACUGCUUGAGAGUAGAGAUGGCCAGUUUUGGAGUUAAGGUCAGUAUUAUUCAACCUGGAAAUUUUGGCAUAGCCACAAACAUUCUGCCCAAGAGAACACCACAAGAUAUAUGGGAUGAUUUUGAUGAUGCACGUAAACUAACAUUCAACCAGAAAUACAUUGAGAUGGCAUGUGAAUAUUUUGAUUUAUUGUGCACUUCAGGAUUUAACAAUUGCUCUAUGGUUAUCAAUGCCAUGUUACAUGCUCUCACUGCUCCCAAACCUCAAACCCGAUACCUGCUCGUAUCCUGGAGAGAUAUGUUUUUUUUCUACAUAUGCCCUUUUCUCCCUACUUGUAUCACUGAUUCUGUGUUUUCUGUAAGUUCCAUGUAUCGCAAGCGUAAAGUAAUGCUUUACUCAUAAUUUGUUUAUUCAUAAUAAGAAUAAGAGAGCUUGCUUUACAUCAACAAGGAAUGCAUCCUCAAGCCCUAAGUGCUGUAAGACUGCUGUAACCCUAACAUGAGACCUUUUUUUUUCUUGGACAGUUGUUCACAAAAAUACUGAAAUGACGUGAAACAUUCUUUAUUAUAAAGGUGUAUGUUAUACUUUCCCUUUUCUUUCUGGGUAGAAA